GAAUCUGCGGGCACCACCAGAGUCCUGAAUCCCGCUAUAAAUAUCAUUAAUACACACAUCUUGCCCCUGCUAUUGUGUAAAGACUUUUCUCGUUCUUCUUCCGUCGGUCCUGAAGUCUCAGUUUUUUCUUUUCUUUUCAUUGAUUGCUUAAUCAUGGCAGAGGGGAGAAGCGCAGAAUCGGAGAAUCUUCUACAACACCAUGUGGAGAAGCAUUCUACGGCAGGAGAGAUCGUGAGAGAUGCAAUCAUCGGCAUAUCCGACGGUCUCACCGUACCCUUCGCGCUGGCCGCCGGUCUCUCUGGUGCCAAUGUCUCAUCCUCCGUCAUCCUCACCGCCGGCCUCGCUGAAGUCGCCGCCGGCGCCAUUUCCAUGGGACUUGGCGGGUUCCUUGCUGCCAAAACUGAAGCUGAUCACUAUGCCAGAGAACUACAGAGAGAAAAAGAUGAGAUCAUCACUGUCCCUUAUAGAGAAGCCACAGAGGUUGCAGACAUACUAGCAAAUUAUGGACUUGAGCCAGAUGAAUAUGCACCAGUGGUGAAUGCCCUUCGGAAGAAGCCCCAAGCAUGGCUUGAUUUCAUGAUGAAGUUUGAGCUUGGAUUGGAGAAGCCAGAGCCAAGAAGAGCAUGGGAGAGUGCACUCACGAUUGCCAUUGCCUAUGCAUUGGGUGGCCUGGUCCCCCUCAUCCCUUACAUGUUCAUUCGAGUUGCACAGAAGGCAGUCGUGAUGUCUGUGGUCGUUACAAUAAUUGCACUGAUUAUCUUUGGUUAUGGGAAGGGCUAUUUCACAGGCAAUAAGCCCUUCCGAAGUGCUUUGGAGACAGCUGUGAUUGGAGCCAUUGCCUCUGCUGCUGCUUUUGGCAUGGCUAAGGUUGUGCAAGCAUGAAAAACUAAGUCUCUAUCACCCUCUCUCUGCCUGAAUGUUUGGAUCCUAUUACUAGUCUGAUUGUUUGGUUAUUCAAUGUAGUUUCAUAACAACCAAUAAGUGAAUGAAAUGAAGUGUCUUGAUCCAAUGCCCAGUCCUAAUGUCUACUUUUACAGUAAUGGAUCCCUGCAUAAACAUCACCAUUCACAAAAGGGUUCUGUUUUAUUAGGCUAUGAAGACAGUUCAACCAGCCUUUAUCCAUUAACCUUGUAACUUAUUUUUGGGCUCUGUAAAGGAUUAAAUCCAAGUCUGAAAUUGAAAAACUGUAGUUGUGAUCAUCCA